AUAUAUAUAAAAGUUAUUUUGUAUAAUAUUAUUACCAUUACAAUUAUUACUUCUAUAAUUACCUAACAAUUAAAACGUGGAUAGCUUCGAUGUGAGGGCCCGUUUCCAUUUUUGUUGUGUUUUUUUUUUUUUUUUUAAUUUCUAUUUUUCCUGAAUCUCUUCGUCUUCUCCAAAUUCGCGAAGCAUUUACUUAGGGUUUCUCUCCUAUCUCUCCGAACCUUCCUCCCCCAAUGUCGUCCACGAGGUUAAACCCUUCGAUCGGCGCCGCCGCCACCGUCGAUCCGGCGCCGCUCCUCGGCGGGUUGCGGCGCGGCGGAGGCGGAGGCGGAGGCGGAGGCGGCGGCGGGGUGGGGGCCUUGCCGCGGCGGCCGAGCCUGCGCGGCGCGGCGCGGUUCCUGCGGCGCGCGGGGAGCCGGCGCGUGAUGCGGGAGCCGUCGAUGCUGGUGCGCGAGGCGGCGGCGGAGCAGCUGGAGGAGCGGCAGAGCGAUUGGGCGUACUCGCGCCCCGUCGUCGUCCUCGACAUCCUCUGGAACCUCGCGUUCGUCGCCGUCGCCGCCGGGGUCCUCGUCCUCAGCAGGGACGAGGCGCCCUCCAUGCCGCUGCGGCUGUGGAUCGUGGGCUACGCGCUGCAGUGCGUGCUCCACAUGGUGUGCGUGCUGAUCGAGUACCGGAGGAGGCACCCCGCGCGGCGGCGCGGGCCCGAGGGGAUCGACGAUGGCGGGAGCCACAGCAGUAGCUCGGGCCCCAGCUCGCCCCGGGACAUCGAGGAAGGGGGUGGGAAUGGCGGUGGUUAUGAUCUCGAUCAGGGUCAGAAUGAGGAAGGGACCAGUAUUGCAAAACAUCUGGAGUCUGCAAAUACAAUGUUCUCAUUCAUUUGGUGGAUUAUUGGCUUCUAUUGGGUUUCUGCGGGAGGCCAAGCUUUAACUAAUGAUGCUCCACAGCUUUACUGGCUUUGCAUAGUCUUUCUGGCGUUUGAUGUCUUCUUUGUUGUUUUUUGUGUUGCUCUUGCUUGCGUCAUUGGUAUUGCUGUUUGCUGCUGUCUACCAUGUAUUAUUGCAAUUUUAUACGCGGUGGCUGAUCAGCAGGAAGGAGCAUCUGAUGAAGACAUUCGCCAACUCCCAAGAUACAAAUUCAGAACCAUUGGUGAUCAAGAGAAACUUGGUGGUGAACAACCAAGGACUUAUGGUGGAAUUAUGACAGAGUGUGGCAGUGAUCCACCAAUUGAACAUGCUCUUUCAGCGGAGGACGCGGAAUGCUGCAUCUGCCUUUCUGCCUAUGAUGAUGGUGUGGAGCUGCGAGAGCUUCCCUGCGGCCACCAUUUCCACAGCACCUGCAUAGAUAAAUGGCUAUACAUCAACGCCACCUGUCCACUUUGCAAGUAUAAUAUUAUCAAAAGCAACAGCCUCGGAAGGGAGGAGGUGUAGAAAUGGGUGUUUCUUAGGUUUUGUUAGGCGCUUUCUGCAGCGCCGAUCUGGCCAUACCAGCUUGUCCAAGAAAGUGAGAGCCUUCAGUACUAUGGCAAUGUUUAUGUUUUUACUGAUUCAGUGAUGCAAAUAUUAAAAUUUAGCCCGUGAGAAUUAUGUUGUUGUUUUAUGUUAAUAUAUAGAGCUUUAGGGAACGAGUUAUUUUAUUCGGUGCUUGAAUUGUGCUCGAGUCGUAAUAUGUACCGAGUCAAGAAAAAGAAAUGUAAUUGUACCAGCUUCACUGCUAUGGAACACCAUUUCAAUAUGUUAAUAAAAUAUGUGGUGUUGUUAUAUUUGUUC